UCCCCGCCGCCCCCUCACUCUUAUCCGUAACUGCGGAGGGCUAUGCGUAUUUCUGGCGACAUGUUUCCCAAGUGCUGAGCUUCGCAAGUUUUUUUGUCACUGUAUGAAGGCGGAUAUCCAGGAAAUGGUCCACAUUUGCUUUUUCCCCUCCGAGGCGGGGCUCCCGCCGAAGUCGGGGACGCUCUUCCUGAGCGGGUGAUGCGACCGUGUGUUUCAUGCGACCUGGGCUCCGCUCACCUUGCCGAGUGCCCUGUGAUACUCAAUCCCGGCACCCCGCCCGCGGCCCGCCAGAAGACGGCCUGGCACGAGCAUUGUGACGCCAGCCUGGGCGGCGUCCGGGACCCUGGACGCCACUGCCCGAGCGCGCCCCGUUCGUGCCUUCGGCGGCCAUCUGGUGGCCCGUGGCAGCCUUUGGCUGCCGUCGGCGGCUCCCGGCGGCCCUCGGCGGCCCUCGGCGGCCAUUUGCGGCCGCUUGCUGCCGUCGAUUCGGUGGCCUUUGGCGGUCUGGGCUGCGGCUCGGAGGUGGUCGCCACCGCCACCGCCGACGGCCUCUUUCUUUGGCGUCGGCCUCUCCUCCUCCUCUUCCUCCUCCUCCUUCUACUCCUCCUCGUACAUCAUCCUCUUCCUCCUGGUGACUUUUCCCGGUCGCUCCACCUUCCAAAUCGGUGGGUGGGCUGGGCGUUGCAGCUGAGACACCACAGCAUUCAUCAUCUUGAAAUCGGGACUCCGCUCAUCUACGCGGAUAUAUAAGC